CCCACGUAGUAAAACCGGGAAACCCGUUUCUGUCCGUUCUUCCGCUCCCCUGCGUUCGCAUCUCCUUCUUCAGGUCGUCGUGGAUGCGAGCGGGAUGGAACGGCAGCAGCCCAGAGAGCGCAAGGGCGAAAGCGUAAGCGUAAGCGUAAGCGCACCGGGACCGACUCUGACGUUUCGGGAUGUCCGCUAUGUCGUGGGGGAGAGCCGCGGGCCGUGCCGCAGGCGAGCGCCGGAGAAAGAGAUCCUCCGGAAUGUCAGUGGCAUCAUGAAGACGGGACUGAAUGCAAUAAUGGGAGCAACAGGGAGUGGCAAAACAUCACUGCUGGAUGUGAUUGCUGGUAGAAAGGACCCUCGGGGACUGCGGUCAGGGCAGGUCUUGGUUGACAGCAAGGUUGUCACUUCAGAACUGCGCCUCCUCUCGGCCUAUGUCAUUCAGGAUGACAUCCUGAUGGGCACUCUAACUGUCCGAGAGAACCUCAUGUUCUCAGCAAACCUGCGGCUGCCACGGCAAUGUUACUCUAUGGAGGGCAAAAAAAAGAAGGUGGUGAGCAUCAUCCAGGAGCUCAGCCUGCAGGACUGUUCCGACACCAAGAUCGGCACAGAGUUCCUGAGGGGCGUGUCGGGUGGAGAGAGGAAGCGCUGUAGCAUUGGAAUGGAGCUCAUCACUUCUCCAUCCCUCCUCUUCCUGGACGAGCCCACCACGGGCCUUGACUCCAACACGGCCAAUAGCAUCAUGUCUCUUCUGCACCGGUUGUCCCGUAAUGGGAGGACCAUUAUUUUCUCCAUUCACCAGCCACGGUAUUCUAUAUUCAAACUGUUUGACUAUCUGACCCUGCUGCACAAAGGCGAGAGCGUGUACGCGGGCCCUGCUGAUGAGGCCAUCCAGUACUUUCUUGACCUAGGCUAUGAGUGUGAGGCAUUUAACAACCCAGCAGAUUUCUUCAUGGAUAUCACACAUGGGCAACUCUCUCCUCAGGUGCAGACAGAGAAAUCUUUGGCAGAGCUCUACAGAGACUCUCAGUAUUGCACUAAUGUCACCGAGGAACUGAAUAACAUUACUGAGCCAGCGAACUUUGCAGGCAGAGCGAAAUCAGCACCAUCCUAUGUCACACCCUUCUUCUACCAGCUGAAGGUGGUGUGCUGGAGGACUGCCCUCAACCUGAUGCGGAAUCCACAGACGUCCUAUGCUCAGUCAAUGCUGAACAUACUCUUCGCGCUACUGGUGGGUCUCAUCUACUUUCAGAUGCCCCACACACUUCCAGAAGCCCUGCAGAACAGAAAUGGCGCUUUCUUCUUCCUCAUCAUCAACAUGGUGUUUGGCAACCUGUCAGCAGUAGAGCUCUUCAUCAAUGAGCGGGCAUUGUUUGUGCACGAGAACUCUGGGGGGUAUUACCGGACCUCUGUGUACUUCCUGUCUAAAGUGUUUAUCGAUUUGGUGCCAAACCGCAUCGUGCCGAUCUUCAUUUUCACAGCCAUCAGCUAUUACAUGAUGGGUCUGAAGCCAUCUUUCACUGCGUUCCUGUGUUUCGCCCUGACCAUGUCUCUGGUGAGUCUGGCAGCGGUCAGUCUGGCCUUCCUGGUCAGUUCCAGCGUGGGCUCCUUCGCCAUGGCCAACAUCCUCAUCGCUCUGCCGUUCGUCUUCAUGAUGGUGUUCGGAGGCUUGGUCAAUCUGAACUCCAUGCUCAUCUGGCUGUCCUGGCUCAAGUGGAUCAGCAUCUUCAAAUAUGGACUGGAUGCUAUAACCAUCAACGAAAUGACAGGGCAAGUCUUCUAUGGUAACACCUCCAUAUUCACAGGAGAGAUGUACUUGAAAGCCCAGGGAAUAGAUUACAGUGCAUGGGGAUUUUGGCAAAACCAUGUGGCACUUCUCGGAAUUAUACUGAUCUGCAUGACACUGGCCUACAUACAGCUACGAAGAAUUAAUCGCUGGAAGUAACACACACAAAAUAUUACAUGUAUUGUUCUUGGAUGUACCUUCAUAUAAUAAGUUUAACAAAACUUUAGUUGUCAUAAGGACAUCAUUUCACUAUCUACAAUGGACUACUUUAAAGUUGUCUGAAACAGCUUUUGCCGAUUGCAGAAGUGAGAAAAAAGCUCAAAUUGUAGAAUUAUAUGAAAAGACUUAAUGUACAUUUAAUGUAAAUGUACACGUAAUUCAGACAACAAAAAAUUGCGUCAUAGCCCUCCUUAACAGGUAUUGGAGAAAUACAGCGCCAUCUGUUGGGGAAAAAAAUGUCAGUUGGGAUGUUAACUGUGCAAAGAAAUUUAAAUAAUUUAUGUGGAAGGAAAAUUUGUAUGUGAUUACUGAAGCAAAAAAACAGAAUGUCAUAUUGAUUUAUUGAUUGUGAUUCUUUGGGGGGCAUACACAUGUAAACAUUUCGCAAAUUUACACACGUAAGAAUUUUAAUGCUGACAAAUUCACAAAUUUAUCUCACAUAUGAUCGCGUGUUCAGUUUUUUUUCUGACUCUGUGUGUACAAAAGCUUUAUUAAUUAAACUGAAC